AUGAUUUUCUUUGUGCAUGACGGACUGAACGGCCUCUUCAAAUUCGACACAACCUGCCGCAUGCCGCGACACGCCCGCAUGGCGCCGAGGAAUGACGGACUAGGCAUGCGCUACGUGGUUGAAAAGAUAAUCGUCCUGAACGGAGUCGCCGUCGUCGGGUUAGCGGGCGAGAUAUACGUCCUACCCCCGAAGACAAUGGCCACCAUUGGUCGAUCUGCAGGCUCUGGGGGUUGCGGACGAACCAGUCGUCUCUGA